AUGUUUGGAAAGGCUUUGUCCAUUUCACGAGCCCUCGCAUUAGAUCUUACUCUACCUGACUUUAGUGACGUUGAUGAAAAAAAACUACUUCGAAAGAUUGACUUCAGGGUUUUGCCCUUAUUCACGAUUAUCUACUUGAUUAGUUUCUUGGAUAGAGGUAAUAUUGGUGCUGCUAAGAUCGAGGGUCUUCCUCAGGACUUAAAUUUACAAAGUCAACAAUACAAUAACUGUUUAACAGUUUUUUUCAUUUUUUAUUCGUGUGCAGAAAUCCCCAGUAAUAUUAUCUUGAAACAUGUUAAGCCUUCUCUUUUCAUGGUUUCGGCAAUGAUACUAUGGGGGAUUGUAAUGACAUUAACUGGAUUAGUGAAAAAUUACGGUGGUUUGAUUGUUUGUAGAUCAUUACUAGGAAUAUUAGAAGCACCUUUAUUCCCAGGUAUUUCUUUUUAUCUUUCCCUUUAUUAUAGGAAAAAUGAGUUUUUGGUCAGAGAAGCAAUUUUCGUUUCUAGUGCUUCAAUAGCCGGGGCUUUUUCAGGGUUAUUGGCGGCUGCAAUCACUCAAAUGGAUGGUAUUGGUGGUAUCGAAGGUUGGAGAUAUAUUUUCAUUCUUGAAGGGGCUUUAACCAUUGUGGUUGGACUCCUUGCAUACUUAGUUUUCCCGGAUUUCCCCCAAACUGCUAAAUUCUUAAACGACCGAGAAAGAGAGUAUGUUAUUCAUCGAGUUAAAAAUGACUCUAAUACUGAUGGGGGUAGCUUAAUUGACAAAAACGCUGUUGAGAAUCUCAAUAGAAAAGCUCCAGUUGGUGAAGAUCACUCUAAUAAACCAAAGUAUAUCUGGGCAGUUUUCAAAGAUUGGCAAUGUUGGGCCUCUGUUUUCAUGUAUUUUGCCCUUGCUAUUCCAAUUUACGGGCUUUCACUUUUCGCUCCAACAAUCAUUAAUAACUUGGGUUAUACUGCAACAAAAGCCCAAUUAUUGACUGCUCCGGUGUAUAUCGCAGCAGCCAUAAUAAGUAUUGUGCAAGCUUAUUAUUCUGGUGUCGUGGGAGUUCGUGCUCCGUUCAUCAUUGUAAACUUCCUUUUUGAAUUGGUUGGUUUCAUAAUCUGUAUAUCCAUGAGUCCAGCUACCCACCCAAAAUCGAUCUAUGCUGCCCUUUUCAUCAUUGCAUUAGGUGCCUAUCCAUCCUUACCGGUGGUUAUUGUUUGGCUUUCAAAUAACGUGUCGGGCUCUUAUAAAAGAGCAGUUGCAAUCGCUUUCCAAAUCGGGUUUGGGAACUUUGGUGGAAUCGUCAGUAGUAACAUCUACAGAGCUCAGGAUGCUCCUAGAUUCUUAUUGGGCCAUGGUAUCCAAAUCCUAUUUGUUUCCCUUGGGAUUAUUGCUGCAACUGCUUCUUUAAUCGGUUAUAGUGUUUCCAACUCUAAAAAUUCUAAAAAAAUUCAAGCUGGUGCUUACGAUAACUACUCCGACGAAGAACUACUUGAAAUGGGUGAUAAAAGCCCUUAUUUUGUCUAUAGACUCUAAUCAAACUUAUAUACUUUUAAAAUAUUCCAGCCGUACGGUGUACGUGUUUCCCAGCCGUUGUAUUACAUCAUUAGGGGGGUUCUUCCCCACAUUUUCAUCUCGUGUCCUUGAGUUGCAAAAUUCUUCCGCAGAGCUACUGUUGAUCAAUUUUGGCAUCCACGUCGUCAUCUCUCCAGCUGGAACAGGCUCACCACAUGGUGGGAGCAUUGUUGCUGAUGGGGACACACUGGGGAAGGUGGGGAUGCAUCCUAAGUUUAUCUGAUUGUAAAGAGAAGCAAGAAAUUUUUUUUUCCUUGAU